AUGUCCCACAAAUCAACAAUUUUGCCAUUUCUGAUUAAGUUUACGCCCAAGUUUCCACAAUCGAUUGAUUACGACGAACAUGGCCUAAAUGUUUAUGCCUUUGAUCUGGAUCACACAAUAAUCAAACCAAAAUCCCCAAAUAUAAAAUUUAGUAGAAGCGCAACUGAUUGGCAGUUCAUGAAUUUUAACUCCAAUAAAUCUACCUUAGAUUACCUAUUUAAUAUCACUAAUAAUGAUCCCACUGCUAUCAUAGUCAUUUUUUCAAACCAAGGUGGUGUCAUCACCGUCCCCAGAACUUCCAAAAGUUGCACCAAAUACACCAAUAAGAUUUUGCUCUUUUUGAAGGCAAUCAAAAAUGACGAGAGAGGAGAAACAUUAUCACCAAGAUUGUGGCUAUAUGCAGCACCUAAAAGGCCGAAAACUUUCGCAACAAAUAAUUGUAAGAUCACAUUCCCAGGCUCAGGUGAAAGUUAUAAUAAUGAUCCUAACAUAUUUGAAAAAGUUCGAAAACCAAUGACAGGAAUGGCAGAAUUCUUCAAAAGAGAUAUAGAAGAUUCAUAUAGAAUUUCAGAAUCAAUACCUCCUAUCAAGUUGAAUUGGGUAUAUUAUUGUGGUGACGCUGCUGGGAGAAAAAACGACUUUAGUGAUUCUGAUAUAAAGUUUGCUGAGAACUUACGGGUUGAAUUCAAGCACCCUGAGGAAAUAUUUAAAGGAUAA